CCAGUUUUCUCAUGAACUGUCUUUGCAAUAUCUGUAACGUGUUGAUUCUGAAUUAUAAGGAAAAUUAACUCGAGAUAAACUCCAGGACAGUCUUUGCUGCCGUCAUUCCAAGUUUACUUUGACGGGUGAGGCAACCUCGUUCAGAUUAAGAGACUGAGUAGGUUGGAGUGUUUGAGGGGAGCCGCUGGUGACGGAAGAGAAGACACGCUACUGACAGAGCUGCGCCUAUUGGGGAGAUUACAAUCAGUUUGUCUCACUUUUUUAGCUUCUCUCGAAUGAAUGCAGUUUUGUGCUAGGUCACAAGUGAAGACAAAAUUCUAUUUGGACGAAGGACGUAGCGGGAUUUGUAUCCUAGCCUAUUGAAUCCGAGGCAGUAGGCAGUGACGGAGUUCGGGUCAUGAUGGAGAGCGCCCUGACAGCCAGGGACAGGGUGGGGGUACAGGACUUUGUCCUGCUGGAGAACCACACCAGCGAAGUGGCCUUCAUCGAAAACCUACGCAAGCGUUUCAAGGAGAACCUCAUCUAUACAUACAUUGGUUCUGUGCUGGUGUCUGUCAACCCCUACAAAGACCUGGAGAUUUACACCAAACAGCAUAUGGAAAGAUAUCGAGGAGUCAAUUUCUACGAAGUCUCUCCUCACAUAUACGCCGUGUCUGAUAACGCCUAUCGCUCCAUGCGAACGGAGCGGCGGGACCAGUGCAUCCUGAUCUCAGGCGAAAGCGGAGCCGGAAAGACGGAGGCGUCAAAGAAAGUCCUGCAAUACUACGCCGUCACUUGUCCGGCUAGCGAUAAGGUUCAGACUGUGAAAGACCGUCUGCUGCAGUCCAACCCUGUUCUGGAGGCUUUUGGUAAUGCCAAAACACUACGCAAUGACAAUUCCAGUCGUUUUGGCAAAUACAUGGACAUCCAGUUUGAUUUCAAGGGGGCGCCAGUGGGAGGACACAUCCUGAACUACUUGCUGGAGAAGUCUCGCGUGGUUCACCAGAGCCAUGGAGAGAGGAACUUCCAUAUAUUCUACCAGCUGAUUGAGGGAGGUGAGGAGGAUCUGCUGAGGAGACUAGGAUUGGAGAGGAACGCACAGCAGUACCAGUACCUGGUCAAAGGUAACUGUCCUAAGGUGAGCUCCAUUAAUGACCGUAAUGACUGGAAAGUGGUGAGGAAGGCACUGACUGUCAUCGGCUUCACCGAUGAUGAUGUGGAGGAGCUGUUAAACAUUAUUGCCAGUGUGCUUCACCUGGGGAAUGUGCAGUACGGCUCAGAGGAGAGCGGCAACGCUUACAUCACAACAGACUCGCAGAUCAAAUACCUUUCCAGAUUGAUAGGCGUGGAUGGCUCUGUUCUGAAAGAAGCUCUCACACAUAAGAAGAUUAUUGCCAAAGGAGAAGAGCUGAUGAGCCCACUUAAUCAAGAACAGGCAGCUUCGGCAAGAGAUGCCUUAUCUAAAGCCAUCUAUGGCCGCACCUUCACCUGGCUAGUCAACAAAAUAAACGCGUCUCUGGAAUUCAAGGACAGCUCAUUUAGCAGCAAGAAUGCCUCCGUCAUCGGUCUGCUGGACAUCUAUGGUUUUGAGGUUUUCCAGAACAACAGUUUUGAACAGUUCUGCAUUAACUACUGUAAUGAGAAGCUGCAGCAGCUGUUUAUUGAACUUACCCUGAAAUCAGAACAGGACGAAUAUGAGGCUGAGGGAAUCACGUGGGAGCCUGUGCAAUAUUUCAACAACAAGAUCAUCUGCGAUCUUGUGGAAGAAAAGUUCAAAGGCAUCAUCUCUAUUCUGGAUGAGGAGUGCCUGAGGCCAGGAGAUGCCAGUGACAUCACCUUCCUGGAGAAGUUGGAGGACACGGUGGGAGGUCACCCCCAUUUUGUUACUCAUAAGCUGGCCGACGGAAAGACCCGGAAGGUAAUGGGCCGAGAGGAGUUCAGGUUGCUUCACUAUGCUGGGGAGGUGAACUACAAUGUGAAUGGCUUUCUGGACAAGAACAAUGACCUCCUCUUCAGGAACCUGAAGGAGGCCAUGUGUAUGUCAGAAAACAAGAUCCUUACCCAGUGUUUUGACAGAGAGGAGCUGACAGAUAAGAAGCGGCCAGAGACGGCGGCAACCCAGUUUAAGACCAGCCUGGCCCAGCUCAUGGAAAUCCUGAUGUCGAAGGAGCCAUCAUACGUGCGCUGCAUCAAACCCAACGAUGCCAAACAAGCAGGGCGUUUUGAUGAGGUGUUGAUCAGACACCAGGUUAAGUACCUGGGUUUGAUGGAGAACCUGCGGGUGAGACGAGCUGGUUUUGCCUACCGUCGUCGCUACGAGACCUUCCUGCAGAGAUAUAAGUCCCUGUGUCCGGAGACCUGGCCGAACUGGCAGGGUCGUCUGGUGGACGGAGUGUCCACUCUGGUCAAACACCUGGGCUACAAGCCAGAGGAGUACAAACUGGGCAGGACCAAAAUAUUCAUCCGUUUUCCAAAGACGCUGUUUGCCACAGAGGAUGCCCUAGAGGUUAGGAAACACAGUCUGGCAACCAAACUUCAGGCGUGCUGGAAGGGCUACAGUCAGAAAACCAAAUAUCGCAAACUCAGACGCUCAGCCAUUGUGAUCCAGGCGUGGUGGAGGGGAAUCCUGGCACGUCGGAGAGCUCAGCGCCGCAGACAGGCAGCCGAGACCAUUCGCAGGUUCAUUAAAGGGUUCAUUUACCGCCAUCAGCCACGCUGCCCAGAGAACGAGUACUUCCUGGACUACGUCCGUUAUUCCUUCCUGAUGAAACUUUCCAGAAAUCUGCCUAAAAACGUGCUGGACAAGAGCUGGCCGACACCCCCGCCUGCUCUGGCCGAGGCGUCAGAACAUCUGCGUAAACUGUGCAUGCAAAACAUGGUGUGGAAGUACUGCAAGACCAUCAGCCCGGAGUGGAAACACCAGUUAGAACAAAAGAUGGUGGCCAGUGAGAUCUUUAAGGACAAGAAGGAUAACUACCCCCAAAGCGUCCCCAAACUCUUUGUUAGCACAAGGCUCAAUGGUGAGGACAUCAACCCUAAGGUUGUUCAGGCCCUUGGCACUGACAAGAUGAAGUAUGCUGUUCCGGUGACCAAGUAUGACCGGAAGGGCUACAAAGCCCGUUCCCGACAGCUCCUGCUUAUGGGAAACAGCGCCAUCAUAGCAGAGGAGGCCAAAGUGAAGCAGCGAAUCGACUACAGCGCUCUGAAAGGGAUCUCUGUCAGCUCGCUCAGCGAUGGCGUGUUUGUUAUCCACGUUGUGUGUGAAGACAACAAGCAGAAGGGUGACGUGGUUCUUCAGAGCGACCAUGUAAUCGAGACCUUAACCAAAGUGGCCAUCUGUGCCGACAAGAUUAACAGCAUCAACAUCAGCCAGGGAAGUAUAAAGUUCACAGUGGGUCAAGGAAAGGAAGGAAUCAUUGACUUCACCUCUGGCUCUGAGCUGAUAGUUGCCAAGGCAAAGAACGGACACCUCUCUGUGACUGCCCCUCGUCUCAACUCAAGAUGAUAGCCGAGGGCGUGACCAAGCACUUCCUGCAUCCUCCCAGGAUGUCUUUCCAGACGUACUCUCCAGUUCACCAAUCACACGACUGCGGGCGGAACUCUGGUCCGUCAGUCAGAUGCCAUUUAGCUGCACCAAAGGCUUAUGCUUUUAAUUUUCAAAGUUCAGCCAACUAAUUAAUAUUUAUGUUAAUAUUUUGAGAUUAAUACUGUUGUUACAUGAAUAUUACGAUUUUAUAUUUGAAGCCAAGGAAUAACUAUAUUUAGGUGCAUUUUUUUCCUCACUCUCUGUCUCUUUUUGCUUAUCUUGGGAACAUUUAAUUUGAAUGGUAUUAAAGAAGGUGACCUCAGCCUUGUUGUCAAGGAAAAUCAGGGUUAAAUGUAAUGUUACGUUUGUUGUCUGUAACCUUUAGUUAUGACUACUUUGGUCUUUUGCACUCUGAGUAUUACAAACUGAUUCAAAGUAGGAAAUCAUAGGAUUAAUUUGCUAAUGUAUUGCUCUGCGUUGAUAGUAUUUUGACGUACUCUGUCCUUGAUAAGCCUUUUAGAAGGGUGUUUUUUUUUUCUCGUUAUUUUUGUCUGCUUUAUGAGGUGGCAAAAUGUGUGAGACACACACACACACACACACACACACACAGAAAAGAUAGGAAAAGAUAGUUCCCUGAAACCUGGUUUACAUACUAAUACCAAAAUGAUUCUUUCCCUGUGUGUUGCCAACUAAUGUAGGGUGGUAUACUCAUGUUAAUCUGCAGGGAAGUCGGUUGGAAUAUGAGAGUGUCUGCCAAGGUUUUAGAGCCCAAAGAAGUUAUGUUGACUGCCAGGGACUUGAAUGUUGAAGAGGAGGAUCAUUGCUUUAAAUUUCAUGUAUAGGUUUACUAGAUUGGAAUCACAGUAUAUGUAAGUCACACAAUAUAAUCAGAUUUCUUGAUUUAAAACCGUUAUCAAAAAAUCUUUGGAUAAUUAGUGGGAAGAAAUCUGUGAAAACAGAAAAAAACCCUCAAAUAAUGAUUUUUUUUGGGCUUCUGUCCUUUAUGUCAUUUAAAACAGAAAAGAAAAAAAACCCCCACUGAAUUUCUGUUCAUGCACUUGGGCCAUUUGUGUUUUGAUGUAUAAUCCAAAUGUGUCACAGAGGCAGUAAUGGACACAGUAAGAAGUGAGACAAAGUUUAUAUGUUCACAGUUCACAUACUGUCAAAAAGUUGCACCUCUAGUAUUUAAAAACCCCAUCCUUUUCCAUGUUUCCAGUGGUGACCCAGUCAGUCUUUAGUUAUAUGUAUACACUGGAGUGUCACAGAAAUACACUUUUUUGUCAAGCACACACCAGUCAAUAGCUUUACUAAAAGGCAGGGCUUUGGUGCUUGUUUAUGAAAGAUAAAUGACAGAUUUUUUCAGCUUAAUAACUGGGAUGUUGGCAGAGAAAUGCCCAUAUGUGUGCGCCAUUAUGGACACUUUUCUUAGAUGGGUUUGUGUAUAUGUAGAUAUGUCUUUGUAAGCACUACAAAAGGAUUCUUCACAAACCAAAUAUAUGCCAUUUCACAUUGG